CUCGCUCCGCUACUCCCGCUUCUCCCUCGGCUCCCGGGAACGUGUUGCGGACACCUUGGAUGCUUCUAUACAGGUCGACCUGGCCGCUGACGUGAUCACGUAUGACUCCGACGACGAGGGCGACACACCCAGCAGGAUGUCCGGGCGGCGGCGGGGCGCGGGCGGCGGCGAGGGCGGCGGCGCGGGCGGGGUGGCGAGGAACAAGCGCGGCACGCCCAUGUACUCCCGCGAGGACAUCCGCGAGCAGUACUGCAUCAACGACAAGGAGCUGCACGCCCUCGAGGCCUCCAGACGCAAGCCCAUCUUCGGCUGCCUCACCUCCGGGAACACGCAGGCGUCUCCGUGCAAGAAGAAGAGCCUGCUCCCUGCCUGUCUCCGCGGCCGUGUUCCCUCCGACGAGAACGUGUACAGCAAGAGUCAGUCCGCUCACACCUCGCCCGCCCACCGCUCGGCCUCCCGCGGGCAGCACCAGCAACAGGACGGCAUAGACUACGAGGACGAGAGCUACUUCAAGCGGCGUCCCAAGACCAUCUGCUACACCGACCCGCGACGCCUCUCCAACCUCGAUGACUCGCUCGCUAAGGGUGGACGUAUGUCACGCCCCCGGUCCGAGGUGUCCACGGAGUCCCAAAAUGCCCGCCAGACCGAGGAGGGGCACACCGACCCCUCCCGCCGCCCCACCCAGCUGCCCAUUACCUCAGGAGCGCCGCCCCCCGAAGACCGUAAUAGGGAAGGCCACACCCAGCGUCUGGCCUUCACGCAGCCCAACACACCGGACCUGGGGCACUCCUCGCGCUUCCGCCCUCCUGCCGGGCCCGAGGGGUUCCCCGACGACCGUCCCCAGGGCCAGAAACACGUCAGCUUCCAGAAGUUCAUGAGCCGCUCACUGACGGAGGGACGGCUGGAGGAGCGCGGGGUGGACGAAGGGGAGGGUCGAGCGGGGUGCAGAGGGGCGGGCGAAUCACGGAGCCACGAACGCCUUCUGGACGCCCGCCGCUCGCCCGACUACUUCGAACAGCGCGCUCUCGACCAGCUCCUCGCGCCCGUGCUGACCAAGGCGCUACUGCAAGAAAAGCUGAAGCGGUCUUGCAUGAGGACCCAAGCCACGCAGACCGACGUCGGGGUGGUGCGGAAGUCCAUGCCCAUCCUGCCGCUCAGUCCCGCCGAGGAGAAGGCUGAGAUGAUCUCCCAGGGCGCCCAGACCAACGGCGACGGCGGGCGGCGGAAGCUAGUGAAGAGCUUGUCGGAGGUGGCGCGCUACGAGGGUCUCCAGUACGAGAUCUACGACCUGGACGACCUCUACUACCUGCAUGAGCCGCCCCCGCCCGUCCGAACCCUGUCUGACGGCCCCCCGCCCUACCCCCCAAGGUUUUCAGCCUACGACAUCCCCCUAGAUGAAGGACCCCCGCCUCCUCCCCCUCUCAAGUUUCGGCAGAACUACGACGAGAUUUUUGACGUCUCGCCGCGCAAGCCUCGGCGGGGCCUGCUGCAGAAGACGCUGUCGGAGGGCGAGAUAUUGUCAGAGAGGCGGAGAGCCCUGAGCCUGGCCUCGGGCUACCUCGAGGUGGACAUCAACGGCUACAGCGACAACGAGGAGGAGGUGAUCGAGCCGCAGUGCGUGGACGAGGUGUCGCGUGACCUCUCCCGCAGCAGGAUAUUCACGCCCGAGUCCUUCAUAGAGGAGGAGGAGGAGUUCCACGAGAACAUGCUCCACAAGGAGAUCCUGCCCAGCCUUUCGUCCUACGAGAGAAAAUUGUCCCAAGUGUCCACCGACUCGGAGCUGAAGACAUUUGACCCCAACGAGUUCCGAACGGAGGAGCACCUGCGGGGCCAGCUGGCGGCCCUCUCGCUGGACUCCCUGGCGGAGGGCGGGCCCUGCCUGCUGGAGGGAACCUUGCCCCCGCCUGAAGGAAUCUUCCUCCGCGAGGACUCGCCCAUGCUGUACGCCGGCACGCCCUGCGAGGGCGCGGGCGGCGGAGAGUUCGGGGACCACCUGGAGGAGUCCAUGAGCGAGAGUCAGGUGACGGUGCUGCAGCGGACGCUGGUGCCUUCCUCGCAGAUCAUCACGUCAGACUCUGAGAACGGCAGCUUCCACCUCACCGACCCCUCCUCCGCCGCCACCACGCCCUCCACCCGACACAAGAGCAUCCACGCUGCCGGCAGCUUCGAGGAGGACUUCGAGGAGGACAUGCUUCCUCGUCUACGGGUAUCGAAUCUCGUCCAAAGCACCACAACUCUGUCCUCCAUAGAAGACGAGCCGACGAGCAUUAGCGAAAACGUGGUGUCGGACAGCUCUCAGGGGCCCGUCACCAACAGCACCACCUCCAGCGAGGUGGACAAGGCCAUCUGCGGCUCCACGGACAAUGACUACAGCUCAAUACGCAGCGGCGAGUCCCUCACCAUAAAGUCUGAGACGGUCGAGGAAGAGGAAUUCGAAGGUGAAAUUGUUAUUGAGGAGAACAUGAUGGCGCGCCUGGUGCAGGAGCUAAAGGGCGGCGACGCGUUGCCGCACAUCCCGAUCAGAGCCUUGGACUUCAGGGAUGAGGCGCGGCGCCUGGCCUCGCCGGAGUCAGAUUCGUCCAGCAGCCUCUUCACGGAGCAGGAAACGUCCAGGAGCCCCGUGUCGGGCAACACCAACACCAUGACCUCCAAGUCCGACCUCUCCCGCACCGACUCCCACCCGACCGACCAGUCGGAGACCUCCGAGGACUACAUCACCGCCACCGAGAACAGCAUGCACGACCACGAGCUGCGGCGACCGUACCUCCCGGAGGAGCGGCACGUGUCGUCCCCCCCGGGCAUGGACGACAUCUACGAGGACGAGGCCCUCACCCUCACGCCCAAGAUCCUGAGCCCCGAGAUGACGGACGUCUUGGCGGGCUUCCACGACCACCACGAGCUCAGUGACAUCGCCGAGGGCGUCAGCAGCGUGGCCAGCGACUUCGAGACGGCGCAAGACCUCACCUCCCCUGACGGCGACACGACCACCUCGGCGAGCUACUACAUCGACCACUCGCAGGACUCAGACCCCGGCAACGACACCAAAGCCAAGCCGGAAGUCCCUCCGAAGCCCGCCUUCCUGCCGAGGCCGGAAGUGCCCCCAAAACCCGACAAAGUAUCGCCGUCGCUGGACAGCCCACCGUCGUCACAGGAGCUGCAGGAGGCGCCAGGCCAGGUCGGCAGCGAGGUGGUGGUGAGGCGGCGGGAGAAGGGCAGCGAAGAGAGCAGGACGGGAGCCAUCAAGAAGCGUUACUCAGCGGGAGGGAAGGUCGCCAAGGACGACAACAGGAGGUACUCGAGGUACUUCGAGGACAAUGACAAGGGUGAGCUGUCCGAGGUGCGUGGGCAGGGCUACCCGGAGUCAUGGUCUGAGGAGGACAGAGAGAAGGCCAAGCAGACCAUGAAGCUUGACUUCCCGCCCGGCGUGACCAUGUUUGGGGAGGCCCCGGCCUGGACCGACGCUGACAGCCUCAAACUAGACACGGAGAAGAAACUCAAAGUGUUCGAAAAGCCAAAAAAAUCCGUGAAAAUCGAUUUGGCGAGUGUCGAGGAUCUUCAGGCGAUGAGAUCCGCGAGCGAGGCCGUGACGGAGAGGGAGGGCGACGCCGCGGCGGUGGAGGUGAGGCAGGUGAAGGUGAAGCACGACAAGGUGAAGCGCAAGUCCGAGGAGGUGACGACGCCGGGCAUGGUGCGCAGCCCCGCCAUGCACGAGGGCUUCAGGCUGGAGGACUGGACGCCCGUGCGCACCCCCGUCACGCCGGACAGGUCUCUAGAUAUGGACUCUUCUGAUGAAUCCUACUCCGAGACUCCCAGACACCCCCCCAAGGGACGCAGCCCCAGGAGGAGGUCCAAGGACAGUCCUGGAAAGAAAGUCGAGGGCCUGACCCGUCCAGGAGAAAGUCCCGUGAAGCAGGCUGGCGAGAGGCCGUGUCCAGGAAAACCAAGUGUAAAGUCCAGAGAAAGUCCUAGGCUUAUUCUGCAGGAAAGUCCAGAAAGAAUAGCUAAGCAAAGCCCGAAGAGGUCAGUCCAACAACCGGCAAGCCCAACGAAGGAGACCUCGACUGCCAAGACCGAGAGAUUCACCUCCCGUCCGCUGGAGAUGCAGCGGCAGAGCCCCGCCAGAGUCCUGAAGACUCCCGCCGCCGAGCUCGGGAGGAAGGCCGCUGACGUCCCCGAGCCUCCCAUACAGUUUGUUACGGACGCGCCCGCGGGAGGACAGGAGAACCAGGGUCGAUUAAAACCGUCGGGUCCGGAGGUCGGCUACCUGAGGGCCGGCAGCCUGAGCCCCACCUCGCGGGAGAGGCCGCUGCAGCUGCCUGAGAGUAAGCUGCUCACCAUCGCACCCUUGCGGGACUCACAGAGGAGCGUGGAGUCCCUGAGGUCCAUGAGCCCCGGCUCUGAUAACGUGUUCCUGGGUGGGAGUCGGGAGCAGCUGGACGAGGAGACAAGAGCCAACCUGUGUGUGCAGUGUGGCGAGCGGCCCGCCUCGCGCGAAGGCCUGCUGCGGCCAAACACCGUCGCGGAGACCAGCGCGGAGCGGCGGCUGUCCGACCGAGAAACCUCGCGACAACGCAACACCGUGACCCAUCGUGCCAAGUCUGAGGAGCGAGGCUCCUUCACCAGGGACUGGGGGGCGACGCCCAUCAGUCUUGAGCACGGCGACGCGCCGCGCCACGACAGCGAUGACGACGAGAAGGGCGUCUACCUGGACCCCUACCGCGCCAGUCCGUGGGUGUACGUGUCCCCGGGAGACGAGGCCAAGGUGUGGCGGCGGGACGAGGGGUCGCCCAGCCCGCUGCCGCCCAGCCUGCGCGUGCCGGGCUUCGAGGAGGAGGACGUCAACGGGACGGUGAAGGCGCGGGAGGAGGCGGGGCAGGACGAGGAGGACGGGGAGACGCAGGACGCCGGUCGCCGCGGGUCGGUUGAGUCGACGUGCAGCGAGAAGGAGUUCCGGCGCCGUUAUCAGGCCAUCACCCACCGCAUGGUUCACCGCAAGGCCUCCGUCGAGAUGUACCGCAGGCUCGUGCACGCCACCUUCCAAUCCGACAAAACAGUGACAGUGAGUCGAGAGUCGGGUGAGUUUGGGUUCCGCAUCCACGGCUCCCGGCCAGUGGUGGUGUCGGCCAUCGAGUCGGACACGCCGGCGGAGACGUCCGGCCUGGAGGUGGGCGACAUCAUCCUCAGCAUCAACGGGAGCAACGUCCUCGACUCCUCCCACUCCGAGGUGGUGAGGUUGGCCCAUGCUGGCUGUGACACCCUGCGGCUGGAGGUGGCGCGCACCUGUGACGUGCUGACGCCGCUGGUGACGCAGGACCCAACGCCCGUGUGUGCCGGCUACCUCUACAAGCUGGGGGGCGCCCACCACACGGCCGGGGCGCCCGCCAUCGUCAGGAAGUGGCACAGGAGGUGGUUUGCCCUCAAGAAGGACCACUGCCUCUACUUCUACAAGUCAGAAAUGGAGCAGCAUCCCCUGGGGGCGGUGCACCUACUAGACUACAGCGUCCACUCCCUGGCCGAGGUGGUGCCCCAGAGGCCUUUCUCCUUCACUGUCGCUAAGUUUGGGGGGAUGACCCUCCACCUGGCUGCCCACUCAGAGGACGCGCGCAACAGAUGGGGUCAGGUCAUCACCCAGGCCGCAGCAGAGGCAGCACAGAAAGAUGAACUCCUAGACAUCUCGUCGCGCCGUGUCCAGCAAGCCCCGGCCGCCAUCGCCACGCCAGACUGCUUCGGCUUCCUGUACAAGCUCGGGGCAAGGUGGCACCAGUGGAAGAGACGCUACUGUGUCCUGAAGGAUGCCUCGCUCUUCCUCUACCAUGAUACUGAGGCCCAGCUGGCCAUAGGAGCGGUGCAUCUCCACGGCUACCGAGUCCAGAGCACCAGCAUAGGAGGCAAGAAGCAUGCGUUUGAGCUCUUACCUCCAGAACCCAAGUUUAGACACUUCUAUUUCUACACGGAGUCAGACAGCGACAAGAAGAGGUGGUUGGCAGCCCUCGAGUACUCCAUAGACCGGUGGAUCAAGGUUGGCUGAUCCACGCUUGAGAGGCUUUGUGUUUUGUCAGAUUUGUGCCGCUGGCGUGUGAUAAAGGCACGACAAUUAACAAGUGCAAAGGUUUCCCGUAGGAGGUGUACAUUGAUGAAAAUGUUGCUUGGAAUUCAGGUAUUUUUGUAUUUUUCAACGUGGUCAGAUAUCUGUAGGCUAAGCCAAUCAAAGAUCUAUUUCAGAAUAUUGCUUGUCCCAAACACUAGUUACGGGAUUUUCUGCAACAAUCAAAUACUUAAUAAAAUGAUAAAAGUUUAUAUAAAUAUAUUUUAGACAAGAGUUUCCAGUCCUGUCACAUCCAUCAAUCAGCAAUACAGAACUUAGUUAUAUAUACAGGUACAUUAUUAUAUAGAUACUGCGUACAUUUAUGUAAAUAUAUGUGUAUAUUAUUACAGUAAAUAAUGCUUGGUACAUUUUCUUAAAAAGAGCUGUAUGUACUGACAGUGUAUAUGAGGUUGGUAGUGCAUACUUCACCAAGUAUAGAAUACUGCCAUAGGUUUAAUGAUAGAAUUCCCAAUCACAAAGUUCUGAAAAUUGAGUAUUCCUUCAAAACGUGACUAAAUGUGUAACAUGUGGGGGGGAAGGGUUAUCUCUUGUGCUGGGGAACCGUCACAGGCUGGGAGGCUUGCUGAGGCGGGUCACUGGGCGGGGCUCGCUGCAACACCCUCAACACCUGGAGGUAACACUCCGUCAGGUGACUGCUUGCAUUAUUCACAGAAACUCAAUGUUGACUCUUCAGAUGACAGCAACUAAAACACAUCCAGUAACAUCAAUGCCCCAAACUUUUUAAAGAUUAACAACCCAGGUCAUAACAGCCUAGAAGCAGGCUUGAUAGCAACAUCAAUAAGUUUUAUUUAUUAAAGGAAACAAAUACCUAUUUUGCCAUCGACGAAAUAUUUUCUUUAGUAAAUAUGAUAAGCAAUGUAAAGGGGAACUGGGUCAGCAUUACUGGAAAAUCAGAGACACUCCAAAACAUGCAAAGAAUUCAACCCUGGCCCACUAAUAGACAGUGCAGAUGCUGUUACUUUUCACUAAUGUAAAAUCAUGUCUUUGAUCUCAUUAUGUAUUCAAAAUACAUAAUUUCAUACCAAGAUAGAAAAUGUAAAUGAGGAUGAUAAAGGAUCAGUGGUUCCCUGCAUCACAUAAGCAAGGGACGGCUAUUCGAGGGUUUACCAAGUUAUGAAGUUACCUCUCUGGAAGCUCUCGCUGACCUCACUUGUUCCGUCACCCGGCCGUGUGUGUGGCAGGGAUGCACAGACAUGAACCAAAGUCACAUGUGCAUCAUUCUCACUGUUUGAGGUGAGCCCAACACAUGCAGGUGGCAACUAAAUUAGUAAAGUUUCCAUACAACUGAAGAAAUUGGUAACUACUGUAAUGAGUAUGUAUUUGAAAAUUCUAUCCCCAAACUACUGGCCUUACUACUUACCCUGACUUAAGGUUAUGUCCAACCAGUAUUAAAAUUUUCAUUUCAUGGCAAAUAAUAACACCAAGUUUUAGGUGCACUAAAUAUGAUAUGUUUGAGUACUUGAUGAAGAUCCAGUUCUUCCAGCUUUUAAUUUACUGGUUUCAAACAGUUUUGGUGCUGUGAUUCCUCAUAUAGGGCAUCCUCACUAAGUUGCUGAAACUGCAGGUAAAGAGCAUCCAGGUGUUAUGCCCCAGUCAGGAUUAGACUCACCCUCAUGGCACACUGAGUCUCCAGUGUAUUGGAGCAGCAGCAACAGCUGUAAGCUCUGUGCAAAGCUAGUGUUUUGCCCCAAUAGCCUUGUUGACCAAAUUGUUCCUGCUGCAGAGUUUCUCUGAAUAUAAGCUGGUUAGGUCACCAGUGGCCCACAGCAUGGUGCCACAGCCAACAGCAGAACUAAGGGGUCUGGGUGUACCCCUCUUUGUGUUUGUUGCAACAUGCAUAAUAUAUUUAGGGAACUAGUCAUGAUUUUGAUCCUUAACUCUUACCCACUUUUAUAUAUUUCACAUAACUAUAAUAUUUCAGCACCAUUUUCACAAAAUAAGUAUGUUUUCAGAAACAAUGGUUCUCACACUGCAGGCGUGGCAUGGCGGCCAGAAUCAGCCACCAGCCCAAGCUUGUUCAGUGCAUCUCUCUUUGUAGUUUAGCCAUUUAUGGUUUUCAAGCCGGAGUGUACCAGUUAUUUAGAUCGUGAUCAAAGAAUGGUUGUUAAACAUUGACUGGGAUCCAUCACUGACAGGGUAUUUACUAGAGACAACUUCAUUUGAAAUUUAAUUGGAAGUUAUUCAUGGCUGAAGGCAUCUAAAAUUAUUACAUCAGUCAUGUACAUUUACAUUACACUUUCCAACACUUGAUUGUGGUGGGUUUCGUGGUCCUGCGUGGUGGGGGGCACACACACUCACACCAGAACACAGCACAGGACAGAAGCACACAUCAGAUUCACAGGAGGUGGAAUAUUUUACAGAUGUUUGCAGCAUAUGGAAAACACUGCGGCAGGUGGUUUGAACCACUGUUUGCGUCAUGCUACUCAGGGUUUGUUUGAGAGGAUCUAAUGGUAAGUUUUCUUUAGAAUGACUUCUUAAAGUUGUGUGGCUGCUGCAAUGGGGAUGAGGGUGCUGGCAGGCUGACUAAUAGGCAAUAUUCACUAGAGGAGGCAGCAGCUUUCAACCUUGUGCAUAGAGCUGUUGUGUUAUAUGAGGAAUUACAGCAGCUGGUGAAGUUGGAAGAGAGCCUUAGAGUUGUUGGUUUUUGCAUUAAUGGAAGCAAGCAAAUUUACGGAUGACUUGUUGCACAAGCACACUUUGUUUUCAUUUAAGAAACUCUUUAACCUGAUGAUGAAAUCACACAUCAUUCUAAAAUAGUUACCAAAAACAAUCUGGAAAGAGUAAAAACUGCCCUUUAGAAUAUUAUCAUUCACACAUUAAAUAUAAUUGAGCACUACAUGGUUGUCACUUUCAAAAGCAAUGUUCCACAUUUUUGGGGUCAAUACCAUGUGCACUGACAGAACACUGCAGAUGUAUUGUUGUUUUGUAGGCUUUGACAUAGAGCAAAGUGGCACUUUUUUGUAUUUUCUUACAACACUGGCGCCAUGUGGCCAUGGCAGUCGUGGUGCCGUGAUCACUCAUCAAUCCAUUCUUUGUACAUUGCAUGGCUCUGAGUUCUUUGAUAUUUACUUCUCCAUAUAUGUUUAGGUUUGUCACAUGGUUCAGUUCCCUGUGCCCCUGUUGUUCACACUGACUUUAAUGUAAGAGAACAAUGUUCUACUUUUACUAUGCAUAAAUUUGUCAUUGUUGUCUCGGUGGAGACACUUUGUUGUACAGUGCCCAGUGGAAUGCAUUUUAUAUCCACCACACAUGACGUGUACAUGCCUUGAGGACUGCGCACAAACUCCACGUGAAAAUCAGGUGCAGUGACUGACUCGUUUUUACAUGUGCAUUUUAUACACAUAGAUUUAUUUAAGUGCUGCAAUUAUGUGAAAUAUGCAUAAGCUACUGUGAUUUUUAUUGCUAUGAAUGAUUACUAAUUUCUUAUCGUGCUGGUUUUAUGAUUGGUAUGACGUUACGUUAUUAAAAAGGAGCAACACCUCAGUUGGUGGCAAAUGUUGUAUGAUGAAGAACUGAGUCUAGUUGUGCAUGGUUUACUGGUGAAGGAAAUGUGCCAAAUCAUGUACAUAUAUAUUCACAUGUUUAUUUUCUACCAUGAGUCUGAGCUGGUGUGUGGUGGUGCUGGCAUCGGCCAACUCAGAGUGAAAAGUAUUAAUACCAGUUUGGUCUUGGUGGAAUAAUGGAAGAGAUAUGAGAGAGUUGUGAACAGAAUUUGUGCUGCUAAGUUGGAGCUUGGUGACAGCAGGCAGAGACAACCCAUUUAAUAUUUCUUGAUAAUGAAUAGGAUCAUGAGAGGUAGUGUGUUAUGGCAAUCAUGGAGACAAGAAAACUGAGGGACUGAAAUGUAAGAAGAUCUCAAGACAUAAUGAAUGUUGAACUCAAGUCAAGUUGUAACCCUUGUGCCAAAGUCAGUAUUAUACAAAGGUUUUGAUUUAGGAAUUCCUUCAAAUGUUGAGGUGGAUAAAAAAGUUGCAGCUCUGCAGAAUGGAACACUUAGUUACUGAAAGCAUAAUAGUAUUUACUGAACUGGAUGUAUUCAAAAGGAAAGUUCUUUAGCAUGUUAGCAUGCAUUUUGCACCAUCAUUAUUAUCAUUGUCAUCACUAUGACCAUUACUAUUGUCAUCAUCAUCACAACACGACAGGGUGGGGGGUAUAAUAAUCAUAAGAGAUGUAUAAACAGAAUCUGGUGAAACAUGACCAAGUAAAUCAGGCUGGACUACUACACCUUCCCACGCCAAGCCUGUCUCAAACAAGAACCACAUAACUUUUUAUCACUUAAUUGAUUGAUUGGAUUUUCAUAGAGCAAAAUAUGCAUACACCUUAUGUGGUCCUCAUUCUGUUUCCAAUGUUAUGUUAUCAUUACCGUCACAAAGUGCAGCCCACCACAUGUCUACGGUGUCUGAGCUCACUGACUUCCAGCUAGUGGAUGGAUGCAGUCCACCUGAUUCAUGCAUUUUGCCUUCCUUACAUUUUUCAUUUUUUAAUUUUCAUUCACUUAAUAUUGUUCCUACAACACUAAGAAAACAAAGCGACAAGGAAGGUCAUUUAUUCAUAUAAGACUCUCAACACAAAACUCACUUGAUCACACGUCACACUGGCAAGUAAACUUAAAGAUGAUGAAGAGCUCAAGUCUCAUGAAAAUUGUAGUUUUCAAUGUAAAGUUAAAAACUGCACUUGAAAAAUUCAUUGUGCAUAAAAAGUAGCAUGACCUCUUUCAAAUGUGAAAAGUAUUAACAAACUGCUAGGUAUUGGUUGUAUGCAUCUAAAUUUCCAAUUUCUAUUUCUAAAAUCAAAGCUUCAUUAGAGCUUUUUGCAAAGUUGCUUUGAAGAUUUUAAAAUAAUGGAGCAAAAUUUGUCCAAAAUGCAAAAAAAGGCUUCAUUUGGCUACUCUAUUAUUUCUCCCACUGGGAAGAGAAAGCUGUAGGCUAACUCUUCCUCAUCAAAGCAAAGCUAUUUAGGCAGCUCUUCUAGGGUAGAGAUGUGAGGCAGUUGAUUCUGACUGCUUGUCUUGGCACAACUGUAAUUUUAUACAAUUGUCACUCGUCAAAUAACAUUCUCUUAGCCACACCUAGACCACCACUGUCAAUAUUGUACCACAGAUGUUAUAUUUUCUAGUCACUUCCACUUUGUGCAAUUUCUAUGAAGAAGAGUUGUUUAAAACGUGCAUCAGCACAAAAAGACUUGGGGACACAACACUCGCUCACACGACAAGGGUCACCAGUCACUCAUAGGACUCGCCGGGGAGGGAGGGCGUCAGGGUCUGUGAGGCUCAGCUGUAGGGACUUUUUACUCUCUCAAGGCUCUCGAAUGGUUGAGUGCUCGUGUAAUUGUUCUGUGUGCUGUUUUCUAUCCUGAUGACUGUAUUUAGUUUAGAUGAGAGGAAAUGUAUGUUUGAGUAAAUAAAAUGUGGACCAGAAAUCCUCAUGAAGAUA